AUGAACGCCCUCAAGAGAUUCCAACCGAUUGCGGCGGCCCAGCUCCGGGCGCCGAUGGCAUCGCGGUUUGCCGUCCGCAGCUUCUCUGCCUCGGCCCUGCGCUCCUACGAAUACAUUGAGGUCUCAGAGCCGCGUCCGGGCGUCGGGCAGGUCACCCUCAACCGCCCCAAGGCUCUCAACGCCCUGUGUACCCCCCUCAUCGCCGAGCUCAACGAGGCCCUCGGCAAGUUCAACGAGUCCGACAGCGUGCUCGCCAUUGUCCUGACGGGCUCGCAGCGCGCUUUUGCCGCCGGCGCCGACAUCAAGGAGAUGGCACCCCUGACCUUCUCCAAGGCCUACACCGGCGCCUUCAUCGAGUCGUGGUCCGACUUGGCCACGCGCGUCAAGAAGCCCGUCAUUGCCGCCGUAUCCGGCCACGCCCUGGGCGGCGGCUGCGAGCUCGCCCUCAUGUGCGACACCCUGUACUGCACCGAGUCGGCCAACUUUGGUCAGCCCGAGAUCAAGCUCGGCACCAUCCCCGGCGCCGGUGGCAGCCAGCGCCUGACCCGGGCCAUUGGCAAGGCGCGCGCCAUGGAGCUGAUCCUGACGGGCAAGUCGUUCUCGGGCAAGGAGGCCGGCGAGUGGGGCGUGGCUGCGCGCGUUUUUGCCACCUACGACGAGCUGAUGGAGGCGACGCUCAAGACGGCCGAGACCAUUGCGGGCUACUCCAAGGUGGCCGUGCUGGGCUGCAAGGAGGUCGUCAACAAGAGCCAGGACCUGCCGCUGCGCGACGGCGUCGAGUACGAGCGCCGCGUCUUCCACGGCAUCUUUGGCAGCCAGGACCAGAAGAUUGGCAUGAAGGCCUUUGCCGAGAAGCAGAAGCCGACGUGGACGCACGAGUAA